AUGGGUAACUCUAGAUUAGUAUCCGAUAUUGGUAACUUAGUUUUUGAUAAUCCUAGAGAUAGAUCCCUUAAACUAGAAUAUGUUCGUAGUACUCCUCUCCCUUCAUACAGAUCUUUAGCUAGACCUCCUCCUACUGUAGAUACAAACAACAAAGUCAUUGCUUCUUGGAAUCCGUUAAUCAAUGCUCCUUCUUUUGGAAAAAUCUACGAUGCUACCUCUGAUCCUACUUUGCUCCAUUGUGUACAUCAUACAGUUGCUACUACCAAUGAUCACUGUUAUGUUCUUACCAAAUGUUCUGGAUGUAACUUGUUCAAUACGCCACCAACUCGCCGAGGAUGUAUCUUUAGUAUCCCUAGGGAUAGGGCUUUCUAUGUUCCUGUUUAUAGGAAAACAAGAAACACUCACGCGAACCAACUUGAACACACCCUCAUGGAAAUUACUCGAAUAGCUUUUGAAGCAUUCUAUGGACCUGCAGCAGUUCCUGUUGCACCCAUUUCCCCUAACAUUAUCAACUCAAUUUUUGGAGAUUCCCCUUAUCUUUCACAACUUCUGGAUUUACAAACUGCUCUUA